AUGUCCUGGUAUAUCGAGGAACAGCAACCGAUUUAUCUUGACCAUAACGCCACCACACCACUCGAUCCGUCCGUGAAAGCUGCGAUCACCGAAGGACUAGAGCUUUGGGCCAAUCCGUCCAGUGAUAAUCCUAUAGCACAAAAGGCGAAAGAGGCAAUCGAGAAAGCAAGGCAAUCUCUAGAGAAGCUAUUGCACGUCUCCAGCAGUAAUGUUGUCUUUACUUCAGGAGGCACCGAGGCUAACAACUGGGUAAUUCAAUCAGCUGUUGAACAGUUUAAAUCGAAUCCGAAACAUUCCGCAGCCUUACCACAUGUGAUCUCUUCAGUUAUUGAGCAUCCUUCCAUUCUGGAACCACUUCGUUAUCUCAGUGGCAAAGGUUUCAUAGAUCUCAGUCUUCUUCCGGUGAAUACGACAACAGGUCAAGUCGAACCAGAUGAUAUUCGUAGGCUUAUGACUCCACUUACUUGCCUAGUUACGGUCAUGUUAGCCAACAACGAAACAGGAGUGCUGCAACCGAUCGCUGAACUCAGCGAUGCUGUUCGACGAGCCUCCAACGAACAUGGUUCAAGUGUUUUCAUUCACUCGGAUGUGUGUCAAGCUGUGGGGAAGAUUGAUGUUAACAUCAACGAGCUCAAGGUGGAUGCAAUUUCCUUGGCUGGUCACAAGGUUGUUAACUUAAUUAUUGCAAUUUUCUCUAGAAAUGGUACAGUAAGUUCGUGA